AUGCCGGCCCCCGAUCGACGUUUAAUUGCCAAAAUCAUGAUCCUCCGGAAACUUCGACGAAAACUGAAGCGAAAGGUGCGAGGUGCUGCAAUUCGGCCAAUUUUCUGGAAUCGAGUGGACCAGGGGGACAGCGUUCUGAUGAAAGAAUUGCGUGAAGAUCCUCAUUAUCAUCACCGUUAUUUUCGGAUGAAUAUGGAAAACUUUGACCAGAUUUUGAUGCUGAUUAGUGGGGAAAUUACAGGGAAAAUGACCCAUAGCCGACCAAUUUCUGUCGAAGAAAAGCUUGGGAUAACUUUAAGAUUUCUUGCUACAGGAGCUUCCCAAAUAUCUCUCUCCUUCAGUUAUAGAAUCUCGCCUUCCUCAGUUUCGAAGAUUCUACGCGAAGUUUUGAAAGCAAUUGUGAAAAUCUUCGGGCCCAUUCACCUACCACCACCAACAACAGAUCAAUGGAUAAACAAUGAGAUUGGCUUCCGAACUCGGUGGAAUUUUCCAAAUUGUGUGGGCGCUGUGGACGGGAAGCAUUGCAGAAUCCAAGCCCCAAAUUUUACAGGGUCCACAUACCACAACUAUAAAGGAUUUUUCUCAAUUGUGCUCACGGCUGUCGUCGACCACCAAUACAAAUUUUCUGCAGUGGAUAUUGGAGCAUCGGGUUCGCAGUCAGAUGGAGGCGUUUUUGGAAGGUCCGAAAUUGGGAGGAGACUUGAAAAUGGAAAGCUGGGGCUACCAGAGGCAAAGAUAGUUGGACCUCACCUCCAGCCUCAUGUUAUCGUCGCUGAUGAUGCGUUUGCCUUGAAACCGUACAUGAUGAAGCCAUUCCCAGGAAAAUUUCUCACUCUGGAGCGCCGGAUUUACAAUUACCGACUCUCUCGAGCAAGAAAUGUGUCGGAGAAUGCGUUCGGGAUGUUAGCUGCAAGAUGGAGAAUCUUUCAUACGCCAAUAGUUGCAUCACUUGAUUUAACCAGGCUCGUAAUUCAAGCCGCUGUAAUUCUCCAUAAUUUCCUCAUCGAUAAGCAGGACAUGAAUACGAUCACCGCGGAUUCAGAUGAUGGGAACACCACGGGAAACUGGAGGGAGACUACCACUGGGGACACGGGAAUGAUCUCUUUGCGACAACAGGGCAGCAAUAACCGGCGUCAAGAAGCAGUAGUUGUACGGGACAGAUUUUUAGAAUACUUUAAUAGUAAUGAGGGAAGUGUUUCAUGGCAAAUGUCAAGAAUUUCGUAAUUUAUCUGUAAAAGUGCAUCAUUUGAUAUACUUUGCCUUUGUUAAUCAAUUCUCAUUUGUAAUUAUUUGUCAUCAUUCUCAAAGUAAAAUUUUUAUUAUUGCAACCGUUAAAUAAACAACAAGCCGACAUUUUUAAAAUUUUAAGAUUACGUGAAAGAUGAAUAAUUAAGCAAGAAUUUCUAUCUCUGCAUCAAGCACUGCAUCAUUAAUUUUACGCUGAAGAUUGAGGAAUACUUUUCUGUCCAAUUCUGCAAUUCUCCGCAGCUUAGGGGCCAGCAUUUUUCCAAAGCUGUCGUGCUCAUCGUCGUUUGAUUUGAGCAAAUCCAACAUCUCCUUGUCAAAUGCAUCCAAUUUUCGUUUCUGCAAAUUAAAACAAAAC